AUGGAUGCUGCGAGGCUACACCACAUGGUCUGUGCAGAGUCUAAUGCUGAUUCAGACUCUCCUGAAAUCGCAGAGAACGCUCUCACGUCGUCAUCAUCGAAUGCCGGCUCCUCCGCGUACUUGAUCAACGGCGACUUCGAAGAUGGCGUUGAAACCUGCGUGAAUAGAGAGGAUAUCAAAGGAAGCUUUUCAGCUGCUUCAUCCACUGCUGAAAUAAAGAAAAUGAGUAUUAGUGAUGAGGAAGAGUUGCGACUAAGGUUAAAGUUCUUUUUCAUGAAUCCUGUUGAAAAGUACUUUGUGCGACGUCGAGUACCCUGGAAGUUGCUGCUGCAGGUGUUGAAGAUUGUGUUCGUCACGAUUCAGCUGAUCGUUUUUGGUAGAAUGCGCAUGGGUCAUGUGAUAUUUAUGGACGAAGCUGACACCACUCUGCGACACAUUUUUUUCAGUGAAUGGAGUUCCGAUCGCGACAUUCGAUCGUACCCGCCUGGCAGCGGCCCGUAUUCGGUGUACACCGUUGAUCAGCUGUACGAGCAGCUUUCAUACGCCAUACAGAAGUAUUAUGUCAUAAACUCCACGUCGUUUGGCAAUUACGAAUACGAUUACAACGAUGAAAACGACAACAACGAAUUUCCGGCACAAAAACUGUGCAUCGUGCAAUACAGCCAUGGCGAACGAUUUCUUCCUAAUAACAGCUACUUUUUCGACACUCGGUUGACGAAAAAUUGCACACCAAUUAAGCUGGACAAGAAAGACCGGGAAUCGAAAACAUUUUCAAUUGUGCCAUUCCUUGAGAAAAUAAAUAUGACUUUGGAUCUCAGCAGGUUUAUGAAGGCAAUACUUUCAUUUAACUUGAAGACCAUCAAUUUGAACAAGGUGAUGUCCUCUGACCUGCCCGAUUGUUUCCUUAUUACUGUGCAAAUCGUGUUCGAUAAUUCGAUGCACAGCGGACAAGUCACGGUCAACCUUUUUACUGAAGCGCAGUACAUUGACUGCAACGGCAUUAUUCUCUACGCACGUAAGUUACGUUCUGAGUACAAUUUAAACUUUAAUUAAAA